GCCUCCUCAAGCCAGCUGGUCUGGCUUGCCGACUUGUUUGAGACGAGGAAUCGAACAGGGAACCCACAGCUGGACCUGGUGGCACCUCUUCCUGGUGAAGACCACACAGCGGUGGUUACGCGCGCGUGCCCGGGCUGGAUCGCCGCUGGACGGACACUCGGGAACGAGCAAAGACUUGUGGCGGGAAAGUCAUGCUGCACUAAAACACGCGUCAGAGGUCCGCGAACGCAUCGCGUGUUGUGUUGAAGUCGUCCGUCCGUGGAGCUCAUUCGUUUGGUGGAGUGUUGGGACUUUUUGCGUCCCGAUUGCGGAGCUCUCCAGCCCGGCUUUGCGCGGACCUGCGGCUGGGACCGGAGCCCUCGGUUCCGGCACGACUCGGACACAUGCCGACCGGAACAAGUUUGACUCGACGUGUGAGGUGGCAGAGUCAAAAGUAAGACGCGACGACAACAAAGAAAGACAAAAAGAAGAAGAAGAGAGAAAAGACCCAAAAUGGGCAGGAAGAAGAUUCAGAUCGCCCGCAUUGUGGACGAACGCAACAGACAUGUGACCUUCACCAAGCGCAAGUUCGGUCUGAUGAAGAAGGCGUACGAGCUGAGUGUGCUGUGCGACUGCGAGAUCGCGCUCAUCAUCUUCAACAGCACCAACAAACUCUUCCAGUACGCCAGCACCGAUAUGGACAAAGUGCUGCUCAAGUACACCGAAUACAACGAGCCCCACGAGAGCAGGACCAACGCCGACAUCGUCGAUACGUUGCGGAAGAAAGGCCUAAGUGGCAGUGAGAGUCCCGACAUGGAGGCGGACGACUCUGCCGGUCAGAGCCCCGAGACGGAUGACAAGUACCCCAAAAUCGGCGACGACAUCGACCUGAUGCUCAACAGGCAGCGGAUCUGCGGCCUGCCCGCAUCCAGCUACGACAUCGGCCUGAAUGCCUCCCCGCUGCUGUACCCGCACCCCGGCAUAGGGGGCGCCGCAGCCAACCACAACCUGCUGCCCAUCCACCACGCUUCAAUGCAGAGGAAUGCCAUGUCCCCCCAGCGGCCCCCCAGUGGCGAAGAUGCAGGCCUGUUGGGCUCCGAGCUGACAAACACUGUUGUCAGUGUGGCAGGAAACGGCGUCUACAGCAAUCAGUGCCCAUCUCCUGCCAUGAUGUCACCGGGGGGUGCGUCUAAGAGCAAAAGUCCGCCAAUGAGCAUGAGCCGCAAGCCCGACCUACGACCCCUGAUGCCGCCCGCCAACAAGUGCAGCAACAUGCCGACCAUCUGUGAGGACUUUGACCUGAUGUUGAACGCUCGGAUCAAUCACUCCCAGACGGCACAGACACUGUCCAGUCCCUCUGCAUGUGUGUCCGCCGCCGCAUCUCUUCCCAGCUCCGCUAUGGGAGGCUACCCAUCCUCUCUGGGCUCCUUCGGCACAGAGUUCUCGCUGGGUGGUGAGGUGGCCUCCCUGAUGGCUUUCGGGUCAGCCGGGCUGGGCUCCGUCAGUACAAUGCAACAGCAGCAGCACCAGCAGCAGCACCAGCAGCAGCACGUCCACGACUUACACAACCUGCACAGUGUGCCACUCGCUCACAUGGGGAACUUGUGUCAGAACACCAACCUGCACUUCCCAUCGGGCCACCAAAACCUCCAGAUCAAGUCAGAGCCAGCCUCGCCCCCUCGAGAACGCCCCGGGGCCAGCAUGGUGGGUGCACGUCCGGGCCGCUCGCCCGCCGGCAGCGCCUCCAGCUGCGGGAGCUCGUAUGACGGCGGCGAGGAUCAUGACGCCGCUGGUUGCGGCGACUUCCUCCUGCGGCCGCCGUCCAAUCAGGAUGAGCGCCGGAGCCCAUCCGUCAAGCGCAUGCGGCUGACGGAGGGCUGGGCCACAUGAUGCUGAGGGGGUGGGGCUUGUCACACAGGUUACCUUGGAGUGUUUAUUGAAGAAUCAUCUCAUUGGCUGUGUUGGGAAUGUAUCACUGGUCAUUACUGGGGAUUUUUAGUGGCACUAUCUAGGUCUGUUUUUUCUAAAUCUGUAUGCGCUGUUGCGAUUAAGGAGUCUGCAGUGAGCAAAUGAUUGAUGACGGAAUCUUUCACUCAUUCUCGACUCCCUAAUCACUACAUUUGCAUUUCUCGUGGACUUUUUAGGAAAUAUCUCGGUCCACAGCCUAAAAAUCCCAUUAUAAUGAUGAGGUCAUGAGAAAAUUCUCAACACAGUCCAUGAGCAUAUUCCUAAUUCCCGUUAUGCUUUUGUGUUUGUGAGGGUGCCGGUCACAAACGGCCAACAAGCAGUCAAGCACUUGUGAGUCAAAGCUCAUUUAUAAAAAUCGACAAUCGCUGAAAAGAAUGUCCCCCAAAAUGAUUGGUUAAGUCCCAGCUGAGUAGAGCUAAUGCUUAUUUGUAGUGUAUGCACCAAUCAAAGCAAAAUUCCAACAGAACCCUGAGGAACUCCAACCAUCAAAUGUGACUUUAUGAAGGGGAAAUUUGAAAACUAAUCCCGAGAAGUUAUUAAUUUAUUUAUUACACGGUAAUUCGAAUUCUAUAAAACUCAUUUUUUACAAACAAAUUUGGACUCGAAAGACUUUAACCAACCACAAUUUAGGACACAUUGCCAGAGACAAAAAUAUAUAUAUAUAUACUUUUACUACUUACAAUGAACUUAUUUUUCUUAUCUGAUAACUUUUAUCACAGUUAUUUUGGAUCUAAUUAUAUUUCGACUUUCCGAUCAGUUUGACGUUUCCACCUCGUGCAGAUUUGCGGCCAUUUUGUGGGAGGGGUCACAUUUUUUUUUUGUUUGUUUUUAAAACCAACAAAUAUGAAAACCAAAACGAGGUCCAAUUUAGGACGUUCGCUACCACUUAAUUCAUAAAAGUCAAUUAAGCGUCGAUUAAGAUGGAAUAACGUUGAGACGAGAAGAGAGCGAAGGUCAAUGAGCUGACAGGAAGUGAGAGAGUGACAGGAAGAGGAAGCACAUUCGGGUUCGCAAGAAGGUUGCCAGGAAAAGGGAAAAAAAGUGACAGGUGAAGGGGCGGGGCCAGGCUGGAUGCAGGAGCCAAUGGGCAGCCGGCUGUGCGUGAGGGCAGCGGCGCGAGCGAGGCCUAUUUAUGCAGAGUGUGAGCUUUUAGCUAUUAGCUUGUCGUGCAUUAGCCUUUAGCUUAGUAUAGGAGGACUGCGGGACAGUGACGACUUCAAAUGUUUUUUCUGUGUCCUGGAGUCAGAGACCACGCCGUUGCCAUGGUGACGCCACAAGUAACGCCAUUGGGUGAGGUCGUCCUAAUUGAUAAUUCAAGUUUACGCGUGCGUCUUCAUGGUAACUGCAAGAGAUUCUGACUCGUGCUUCUGCUUAGCUUUUUGUUUUCUUCUUUUGUUUUGUUGAAGCUGAGGGUUGUUGAAAUUUGAAUAUUUUGCUGAUCAAAAAUGUAUAUUUGGAGGCCCAACCCUGUUUUCAAGCCGCCAGGACCCGACCGGUUAAGAGGUAGAACCCAACCGCAUUACGGGUCGCAAUGUCGCUUUACGUUCAAGAGAAGAUAAGGGCAGAGCCCGCCAGCUUUCUCCCCCCCC